AUGAGGGUUACCGAAGUCAUUAUCGACGGCUUCAAAUCGUACGCCGUCAGAACAGUGAUUUCAGGAUGGGACGAGAGCUUCAACUCGAUUACCGGCCUCAACGGCAGUGGUAAAUCCAACAUCCUCGACGCCAUCUGCUUCGUUCUCGGAAUCACGAAUAUGUCAACAGUCCGCGCUCAAAACCUGCAGGAUCUUAUCUACAAGCGAGGCCAAGCCGGCGUCACGAAGGCCAGCGUCACAAUAGUGUUCGAUAAUAGAGACAAGAAAAAGUCACCAAUCGGAUUCGAAGAGUAUGCGACAAUCAGCGUGACGCGCCAAAUCGUGCUCGGAGGUACCUCGAAAUAUCUGAUCAACGGCCAUCGCGCGCAGCAACAAACCGUCCAAAAUCUCUUCCAAUCGGUACAGCUCAACAUCAACAACCCCAACUUCCUCAUCAUGCAGGGUCGUAUUACAAAGGUGUUGAAUAUGAAGGCCGUUGAGAUCUUGGCCAUGAUCGAGGAGGCAGCCGGAACAAGGAUGUUCGAGGACAGGAGGGACAAAGCGCUCAAGACGAUGGCCAAGAAGGAAAUGAAGUUACAGGAGAUCAAGGAACUCUUGCGAGAUGAGAUCGAACCGAAACUGGAGAAGCUACGGACCGAGAAGCGCGCAUUCCUCGACUUUCAGCAAACACAAAACGACCUGGAGCGAUUAACAAGGCUUGUGGUGGCACAUGAUUACGUAAGGUGUCAGGAGAAGCUACAACAGUCAGCAUCGGAUCUUGAAGCGAAGAAACAGCGCCAGAAAGAGCUUGAGGAAUCCGCUAUCCGGCUAAAAAACGAGAUAUCCCAUCUGGAGGACGACUUAAAACGUGUCAGGGCGCAGCGCGACAAGGAGUUGCGGAAAGGUGGCAAGGCGCAAGCCCUGGAAGAAGCAGUAAAGAAGCACGCCAACGAGCUGGUUAGGCUUGCUACCGUUGUGGAUCUGAAGAAGAGCAGUAUGAAGGAGGAGCAAGAACGGAGGAAAGCCGGAGAGAAGAACGUCGCCGACCUGGAAGCGGCGCUGAAGGAAAAGACCAAGACAUACGAGAAGACCAAGGCAAAAUACGAUGCCGCCAAGGAGGCCCUUGAAAAGCAGAGGCAAGAGGCAGACACCAAGGAAGAGCUGCUACAAACCCUGCAAACCGGUGUUGCGUCUAAGGAGGGACAGGAGAAUGGCUACCAAGGACAACUGCAGGACGCGAGAAACAGGGUCACCGCCGCGGCAACGGAACAAGAGCAAGCUAAAAUCAAGAUCGCCCAUCUGGAGAAGCGAAUUAAGGAAGAAGAACCCCGGGCAAAAAAGGCCAAAGAGCAAAAUGCUGGCUUACUGAAGGAUCUUGAUGGUCUGAAAGCUCAAGCCCAAAGACUCGAGAAGGAGCUUGGAAAGCUUGGGUUCCAACCCGGGUCGGAGGAGGAAAUGUACAAGCAAGAAAGCUCGCUUCAACAGACCAUCCGCAACCUACGACAAGAAUCCGAUGCGCUUAAACGCAAGGUGGCAAAUAUCGACUUCAACUACCAAGAUCCAGUCCCAAACUUUGACCGAUCAAAAGUAAAAGGACUGGUUGCACAACUCUUCUCGUUGCCUAAGGAGUAUAUGGAAGCUGGAACCGCCCUGGAGAUUUGCGCUGGAGGCCGUCUUUACAACGUCGUUGUGGACACCGAAGUGACUGGUACGCAACUAUUGCAGGGUGGUAGACUGCGGAAGAGGGUAACGAUCAUUCCUUUAAACAAGAUCUCCGCUUUCAAGGCCUCGGCACAAACGAUUGCCAACGCGCAAAGAAUUGCUCCAGGGAAGGUGCACCUAGCUUUGUCCCUAGUCGGGUACGAUGAAGAAGUGUCGGCGGCAAUGGAGUACGUCUUCGGAAACACGCUUAUCUGCGCCGAUGCAGACACAGCCAAGAGGGUGACGUUCGAUCCUAACGUUCGUAUGAGGAGUAUCACAGUCGAGGGUGAUUCAUAUGAUCCAUCAGGUACACUGUCGGGUGGAAGUGCCCCCAACUCGAGCGGUGUUCUGGUUACUUUGCAGAAGCUCAACGAAAUCAACCGGCAGCUGAAGGAGGCCGAGGCGGCCCUCAAUGAGUUGCGCGCCCAAAUAUACCGGGAAAAGACGAAGCUCGACCAAGCAAAGAGAAUCAAGCAAGAACUUGACCUUAAGACACAUGAGAUCAAACUAGCGGAGGAGCAAAUCGGCGGCAACUCGUCAUCAUCGAUCAUCCAAGAGAUUGCGAAUAUGAAGGAAACAAUAGUCCAACUCAAACAGUCGAUCGUGGAGGCCAAGCAACGACAAGUGGAGGCUACAGCGGAAGCCAAAAGAAUCGAGAAGGACAUGAAGGACUUUGAUAACAACAAAGACGCCAAGCUAGUGGAGCUUCAAGCUUCGGUCGACAAGCUACGUGCCUCGCUGGACAAAAUGUCUGUUACUAACAAGGCAUUGCAAAAAGAGCUUCAAGAGGCGCAACUUGACUCGGAACAGGUUGCUGCCGAUCUCGCGGCUGCGCGGGAGCAGGUUCAAGACAUCGAUGUUGCUCUUAAAGCCCAACAGGAAGAGAUCGACGACAUCGUGAAGCAAGGAACAGUCCUACAAGAGACACAUGACUCUGUCCUAGCACAGCUAGAAGACGAGCGGACCAAGCUGCAUGUGUACGACGACGAGCUUCGGGCUUUGGAAGAAGCUACCCGGUCGAAGAAUGCCCGAAUCGCCGAAGAGGGACUCGAGCUCCAGAAGCUCGGCCACCAAAUCGAGAAAUUCCAUAAGGAGCAGCAGCAAGCUGCCCAGACAGCCUCGCACAUGGAGCGCGAGCACGAUUGGAUUGCCGAGACCAAGGACCAGUUUGGCCGACCGGGCACCCUCUACGACUUCAAAGGCCAGAACAUUGGCGAGUGCAAGUCUACGCUGCGGAACCUGACGGAGCGCAGCCAGGGCCUGCGCAAGAAGAUCAAUCCCAAGGUAAUGAACAUGAUCGACAGCGUCGAGAAGAAGGAGGUGUCGCUCAAGCACAUGAUGCGCACCGUCAUCCGCGACAAGCGCAAAAUCGAGGAGACCAUUUUCAGCUUGGAUGACUACAAGAAGAAGGCGCUGCAGGAGACGUGGGAGAAGGUCAAUGCCGACUUCGGUCAGAUCUUUGCCGAGCUGCUUCCCGGCAGUUUCGCCAAGCUGGAUCCCCCCGAGGGCAAGACUAUCAGUGAAGGGUUGGAAGUCAAGGUGCAGCUUGGUAAAGUGUGGAAACAGAGUCUUACCGAGUUGAGUGGUGGUCAAAGAUCCCUAAUCGCCCUCUCCCUCAUCAUGGCCCUGCUCCAGUUCAAGCCAGCCCCCAUGUACAUUCUCGACGAAGUCGACGCGGCGCUCGAUCUCUCUCACACGCAGAACAUUGGUCGGCUGAUCAAGACCCGGUUUAAGGGUUCGCAGUUCAUCGUCGUCAGUCUCAAGGACGGCAUGUUCCAGAACGCCAACCGCAUCUUCCGGACGAGGUUCAGCGAGGGAACGAGUAUGGUGCAGGCGCUCACGCCGGCGGAUCUGAAGUGA